UUAGAUGAUUUCGCCUCUUUCACAAAAACACAACUACCUCUCCCUCUUGUAUCUCAGAUCUGAAACGAAACCCUAGUCUCUCUCCCUCACAGCGAAUGAACAACGUUCUCCCUCACAUCGAACCACGUUUUCCCUCUCAAACCCUAAGUCGUUCUUCCUCGGUGAAACGCAAAUUAUCUCCCUAUCUGCUAUGAUGAAAUCGAUUACGACGAACUCGUUCUGCUACCACGGUGAAAUUCGUCCUCCGCUUUCAAGGGAUAUAAGAUGGUUUUGACCAUGCCCUCUUACACAAGCUUGGAAAGAAGGGUUUGUAUGAGAGCAUUUGCAGCUGAAUUGAUUCUCACUGAUCCAACCAAAGGAAUGGGAGGAACAGUAAAAAAGGCAUACGACCUUUUGGAAUCCACGCCAAAUGCUUACAUGCUGCAACAAUUUUCCAACCCGGCCAAUACUCGGGUGCAUUUUGAAACAACAGGUCCUGAGAUAUGGGAGGAUACAAAUGGGCAAGUUGACAUAUUUGUAAUGGGAAUAGGUAGUGGUGGCACGGUUUCUGGUGUCAGACAAUACAUUAAAUCGCAACACCCUAAUGUUAAGAUAUAUGGAGUGGAGCCAUCUGAAAGUAAUGUGCUGAAUGGUGGUAAACCUGGUCCUCAUCAGAUAACUGGUAAUGGUGUUGGGUUUAAACCAGAUAUAUUGGACAUGGAUGUAAUGGACAAAGUUCUUGAAGUUAGCAGUGAAGAUGCGGUCAACAUGGCUAGGACAUUGGCCUUGAAAGAAGGACUCAUGGUUGGCAUAUCGUCUGGCGCUAACACAGUUGCAGCUGCACUUAGAUUUGCUAAUCUGCCUGAGAACAAAGGCAAACUUAUUGUGCAUUGUGAUGUAGGGCUACAACAUCCGAGAUAUCCUUUCACUUCUAUCUUCGAGCCCAAAUCGGCGGCGGCGAUGGCAACAACAUCCGUAGUCCCGGCGAAUCGCCAUUGGAAGCUUCGAAGAGAUGGGGAUAAAAGACGAUUUGCUUCGUGGAAUCUACCAAUACGGCUUCGAAGAGAUGGGGAUAAAAGACGGUUACUGUUUGUCAGGUUGUUGAUACCUCCGUCAGAGAUUCCUUCAAAAUUCCGGUGCGUAUUAGCAACAUUGGUAGAGGUCCUGAGUUGCCGGUUGGGUCACGUUAUGUUGUCUCAAAAGUAUGUUAAAUAUCAAAUUCUGCUAGGAAGAGCUUAAUAUGCAACAACAACAAUGUGUUCAUAGCAGUAUAAGGUUUUAUUAUGCAGAUGCAAAAGAAGCUGAGUUUCACUUGAACUAAUAGACUACACUGUUAUGAGUUCAUUGGAAAGGAAAGGAUUGAUUGGGUGUUAUGUCUUGUAAUGAUACUAGUAUUAUAAUAAGGUGUAUGUAGUGGGUGAAUUUACAUGUAUCUUGACAUGAGUUAUUCCUUGUAGGAAUAUGUAGAGGAAUUGGUGUAUAGCAGAAAACUUUGUAACUGAGAUGGUAUGAGCAUGAGCUGUACUAUGACAUAGUUGUGGCAUGUCUUAUGUCUAAUUAAUAAAAUUCUUAUGUUUAUUAUUCUCAUGUCUUAUGCUCAUCAUAGG